CGUCCGCACCGGAACCGGGACGGGCCGAGCCCUGCCGACAGCCUCCGAGCGUGUCCGAACGCCUCCGAGCAGUUCCGAACAAGCCCGAGCGGUUCCGAGCGCCCCCGAACCGGCUGGCGUGGCGUCCGCCCGGGCCGAGCCGAGCGGUUCCGAGUGUUUCCGAGCCUGGGCCGAGCGUUUCGAGCGGUUCCGAGCGGGCCCGAGCAGGGCCGCACCGGGCCCCGCGCCCGCCCCGCCGCCGCUCCCUCUACCAUCCAGCCAGUAAUUUUCCAAGCCCAGCCGGCGCUUCCCGGCUGAGCCCGCAGGAUCGGCGGGGCCAUGGGAGACAAAGGCACCCGGGUGUUUAAGAAAGCCAGUCCUAACGGGAAGCUCACUGUCUACCUUGGGAAGAGGGAUUUCGUGGACCACAUCGAUGUGGUGGACCCCGUGGAUGGAGUAGUGCUGGUGGAUCCUGAAUACCUGAAGGAGAGAAAAGUCUUUGUGACAUUGACCUGCGCCUUCCGCUAUGGCCGUGAGGACCUGGAUGUUCUGGGGCUGACCUUCCGCAAGGACCUGUUCGUGGCCAACUCCCAGGCUUUCCCCCCGGUCCCCGAGGACAAAAAGCCUCUGACACGGCUGCAGGAGCGGCUCAUCAAGAAGCUGGGCGAGCACGCCUACCCCUUCACCUUCGAGAUCCCCCCCAACUUGCCUUGCUCCGUCACACUGCAGCCAGGCCCAGAGGACACGGGGAAGGCCUGUGGGGUGGACUAUGAGGUCAAAGCUUUCUGUGCUGAGAACCUGGAGGAGAAGAUCCACAAGAGGAACUCGGUGCGCUUGGUGAUCCGUAAGGUCCAGUAUGCACCAGAGAGACCUGGCCCCCAGCCCAUGGCAGAGACCACCCGGCAGUUCCUCAUGUCAGACAAGCCGCUCCACCUUGAGGCAUCCCUGGACAAAGAGAUCUACUACCACGGGGAGCCCAUCAGUGUCAAUGUGCAUGUCACCAACAACACCAACAAGACCGUGAAGAAAAUCAAGAUCUCAGUGCGCCAGUAUGCCGACAUCUGCCUCUUCAACACUGCCCAGUACAAGUGCCCAGUGGCUGUGGAGGAUGCUGAUGACAUGGUGGCCCCGAGCUCGACGUUCUGCAAAGUCUACACCCUGACCCCCUUCCUUGCCAACAACCGGGAGAAGCGGGGGCUGGCGCUGGAUGGGAAGCUCAAGCACGAGGACACCAACCUGGCCUCCAGCACGCUGUUAAGAGAUGGAGCCAACAAGGAGAUCCUGGGCAUCAUUGUCUCCUACAAGGUGAAGGUGAAGCUGGUGGUGUCACGAGGAGGCGAUGUUGCAGUGGAGCUGCCCUUCACGCUGAUGCAUCCCAAACCCAGGGAGGAACCAGUACACCGGGACAGUGAGUAUCUGUCCCUGGUUCCAGAGAAUGAAGCGCCCAUAGAUACAAAUCUGAUAGAACUCGAUACAAACUUUUCGGGCGAUGAUGACAUUGUGUUUGAAGACUUCGCCCGCCAGCGACUGAAAGGCAUGAAGGAUGACAAGGAGGAUGAGGAGGAGCGGACAAAUUCCCCGCAGCUUAACGACAGAUAAGCGAGCCCCCCCUGCUCGCCACCCCACCCCAGGGACACCCCUACAUUAGGCUGCUUCUCUUUUCUAUAAUUAAUUAAUUUUGUUUUCUACCUGUACUGGGAGCCUAUGAAUCGCCCGAUGGCCACAGGACCUAUAACCGUCCAGCUGUGCUGUGUUGUCUCUUCAUCCAGCUGCCAGAGCUGCUGUUUCCCGUGCAGGGCGCGGCCAGGGAGGUGCUGGAGGCAGUGGGACUCACUAUAACCCCGUCCCUGUCCAGCCUCCUGCCACUUAUGAGAGCCCUUUCCUAUGAGCUGCCUCUUUUAUGAGUUUUAUAUAAGCCCAGUCUCAACACCAGUUUGCUAUGGAGAGGGGUGAUGCAACAGAAUGGGGGGUGGGGGGGGUGGUUUUUUUUUUAGGCAGCCUUCUCAUGGGAAAAGGCACCUGUGCACCUUGGUGUCCCCUCCUUUCACCAUGGCCAGUCUCCUGUGUCUGGCCCUGCUGCAUGUGUUCCCUCCCUGGGAUGCACGAGCCUGGCUUUGACUUUGGCCCCUGCCCCAGCUGCUCCAAACAAAGGAGGUGGGCAGCACCUGCCCUUCUCUUCCCCCAGGUCCCCCCAAAGUGGCCAGCCCCAGGGGUCCUCCCAGCUACUUCCAUUUUCACACAAGAAUAAUCUCCCUGGAGGAAACCAGCUCAGAGCUGGGAGCUGCUAGGGCCACGUUAAGGCAGCAGAGGGGACCCUGUGGGUCUGUGCCCUUGGCCAAGCACUGCUUGCUCUGGGAGAGGCCUCAAAUGCCUCCUCACAGCCAUGGCAGUGUUGUGGUGGAAUAGCCUUGUCCCCAGCGGAAUGUAGCCAGGGAUACUUUUGUCCAGCCAAGCCCUCCUGGUUGAUGUUUCGCUCUGCCUGCAUGGGAUCUAGCACCUGUUUGGGGGUAGGGGAAAAGCAGAGCGUUUGCUACCCUAAUCAGUGUUUCAACAGAUGCUUAUACCUCCCAGAUUGGUGGUACCUGGACCCCCUCCCCCCUCCAAGGGUCUCUGGUCUCCCACCACCCACUGAGAGGCAAUUCCCACUAUUUAUUGUGCUGUUGCAGUUAGCAUUGUCAUCUGAGAGCAUUUUGUGGGGAUAGCUUCAUCUCCCCAACCUGGUUUGUGGGGUGCUGAGCUGAGCCCCUGCCCCUUCCCCCGUAAUUUUUGGGUAAAGCUGAUGGGCAGCGUGGUACUUCUUUUUGUAAAGUGGUUCCUUUGUACUGAUCAUUGAUACCUGCUGCUUUGGUUUCUCCACCCUGUCUGUGAUGUUUCUGUGUUCUGUCAAAUAAAUUAUUCUAGUUUGUUAAACUCAGAAAAAAAAAAAAGGAAAAAAAACCCAGUAAAAUACAGUCCUAAUGCCUGGACACUUCUAUUGGCUAAGGACGGGGAAACUGGCAGCAACCAUGGAAUCAUCUUGAGGUGGGAGGGACCUUGAAGCUUACCCAGUUCCAUCCUCCUUGCCAUGGGCAGGGACACCUUCCACUAAACCAGGUUGCUGAAAGAUCCAUCCAGCCUGGCCUUAAACACUCCCAGGGAUGGGGCAGUCACAGCUUCUCUGGGCAACCUGUGCCAGGGCCUGACCACCAUCACAAAGGAAUGUUUUCCCUCCUGCACAAGGACCAAAGAGCAGCAGCUACCUGCCCUGCUCAUGUCACCCCAUGCCUCCACUGAUUACAGCCUCCCUGGUGUGCAGAGACAUGCAGAGAGGAGCCAAGGAAGAGAUGAAGGAUUCUGUAUCCUGCAGCAGGGACUGGACAUUAUUUUGGAAAUAAAAUGCAUUGCCAUGCAGUACCUCAUGAGCACAGGGCACUAAUGAGCUGUUUGUUAAACAAGCCAUGUCUAGUCUGUGUCCUGCUGAGGAACUGCUCAGAGCUGAUAGUUGUAAAGAUCUCAGAAUCAUUGAGGUUAGAAAAAAACUCUCUAAGAUCAUAGAGUCCAGUGGUUCCCCUAGCCCUGCCAAGGCCACUAAACCAUGUCUCCAAGAGCCACAUCCAAACAUCUGUUAAUGCUGCAGGGAGCUUCUCAUCCCCUUUGAGAGCAGCAGGAGCCAGGACUGGGGAAUGAGCCAAGUAGCAGCUCCAUUUAUGGGCCUGAAUUCAGAGACAGUCCCUCAUGGGAGGGCUGUUACUUGUCCCCUCACAUUCAAAAAAGGAGAAAUCCUGCCUCAAGUUGUGCCAUAGGACAUUUAAAUUGGAUACUGGGGAAAAUUCCUUCCCUGAAAGGAUUGUUCAGCCUUGGGACAGACUGCACAGGGCAGUGGUGGGGUCCUUAUCCCUGAAGAGGUUUAACAGAUGUCUAGGUGUGGCAAUUGAGGACAUACAUGGUUUAGUGGUGGGCUUAGCUGUGUGUGGGUAAAGAUUGGAUUCCAUUAUCUUAAAGAGCUUUUCCAACAUUAAUGAUUCCAUGAUUCUAUGUCUCCAGCUGUGUUACCUUGCGCAGGGGUUAAGACUCUGUGGCCUCAGUGAAGACAGGCCUUCUAGAUGGCCUUCUUCUUCUCUAGGCCUUCUUUCUGUGGUCCCAGGGAGAGCAGAGGUUGGACACAUUCUUGUCCCAUGUAGCUUGAGCUCCCCUUGCCAUGCUGAUGCUAUGGGGAAGGAGAGACUCUCCUUAAGUUGGCUCACUUCAUGGGCAUCAGGAUUCGUGCCAGAGGCUGUCCCAACUUUCCCUGCCGAAGACCAACCAGACUCUGAUCCCACAUGGGCAUUGCCAGAGGCUCUAUGCAGUGCAUUCCUGGGAGCAAUUACCCAGCACAACUCUCCAGAUCCCUCCUGUGUGCACAAUCCCCACAGCAUUUGUGAGUACUUAAUAUUUUUGACAUCUCCAGUCCCCUCUCAAAUCUGGUUCAAGCCGGACAAGAGGGCUUAAGUUAUUUUAGGAAAAAAAAAGGAAGUUUAGAUGGGUACAAACUAAGCUAUUGCUUAAGCCCCAUUUUGAAAGCCAAGCAAAUUUGGUUCCCUGUCCUUGUUGCACUAUCUGCAUCACUGUGAUGUGGGAGGGGAUCAGCUCCUCCACAUGUCCCAGCAAAGGAGGCGGUAAGGAAGAGGUAGAUAGGGUACUGGAAAGGCUCCAGUGGUCUCUCCACCUCAGAGCCCACCUCCUUCAAGGUGAGACCCUCCCUCUGUGGGAGUUUCCCCCAGGAAGGAGAAGCCACACAAUCUGAGUCUGCACCUUCUGUUUGCCUAAUUACCUCCUCCCAGGGGUGCUUGAGGAAAACCCACUGAGCUCCAAAAUGCCUCUCUGAGAACACUUCAUGUCUGUGUACUGCAAGCUGCCCC